CACCCUCAUCACAUCUUUUCUCAUACGCUAUGUAAUAGCUUCCAUAUCCCUCUGCUUUCAUUUUCAUUCACAUUCUCACCUGAAAAUGUCUUCUCAGCGUUCAAUUCCAACUGAGGACAGAAUCAGCACCCUGCCAGACUCUGUUAUCAGCCACAUCCUCUCAUUUCUCCCUACCGAACAAUCCGCUGCUACAAGUAUCCUCUCCAAGAGAUGGAAUCCACUGUGGCUCUCAGUUCUCACUCUCAACUUCGACGAACAAAACUUUGCAGACUUCGCAACUUUUCGACAUUUUGUGUACUCAGUCAUGCUCUUGAGAAACAUCACGCUGCCCAUCCAAUCAUUCCGACUCAAAUGUGGUAAGUCUUCUGACUUCAACCCACACGAUGUCAAUAGAUUUAUUCAUGCUGUUGUGCAACGAGGAAUUCAGAAUCUCAAUCUUUACUUGUUGACUCCAUGGAUUCGUUGCUUUAAGUUACCACAAUGUGUUUUAACUUGUAAUAGCCUCACUGUUCUUAAGUUGAAGUGGCUAACAAUGGAUGAUUUUUCCAAAGUCAAUUUUCCCUUACUCAAAACUCUUCAUUUGGCAAAUAUCUCUUUCUCAAAACCUAUUUAUCUUAAGAGAUUCCUACACGGGUGUCCUGUUUUAGAGGAUCUCCAAAUACAAAAUGUAUGGCUGUCUGGUUAUAAAUGUGGAGAGCUUAAAGGCUUACCCAAAAUGGUCAAAGCAAAUAUUGACAUACAAGGUUGGGCCUUUCCGUUUGCCUGGGUUCGUAAUGCAAAGUUUCUAUGCGCAAAGCUGUAUCGCCCUUAUGACUGCCAAGUCCCCGUCUUUCAUAAUUUAACCCACAUGAAGAUUGUAUUUGGAUGGACUGUAAAUGCGCUUAUUAGGUGGAAGUGGAUCGGGAAGUGGACGUGGAUGACAGAAGUGCUCCAAAAUUGUCCAAAGCUUCAAAAUCUUACCAUUCACCAGCAUUUUAAUAAUACAUCUACUCAUGGUAAAUUUAUAUUCGAUGAAAUUGUCAAUGAAGAUUGGGUGGACCCACCAAUUGUUCCCAAAUGCCUUUCAUCGGAGCUUGGAACAUGUUCGCUUAUAGCUUAUGAAGGCUUGAAGUGUGAAUUUCAGUUUGCGAAGUACAUUUUGAAGAAUGCAAAAGCAUUGCACACCAUGAAAAUUAGUGCAUCAGAGGUGGAUUUAAAUAUAAAGCACCAAAUGCUGAUGAAAUUAUCUUUGUGUCCUAGGGGCUCUACUGUGUGUAAACUUUCAUUUGAUUGAGGAAGGUUGAAGCAUCCUCUACUUUGGUUUCUACUUCCUACUGUUAUGUUAGAUUCAAGCUAUGCAAUAGUAGCAUUGAAUGUUUUGAAAUACAUGAACUCUACUUCACUAGGUUGUCUAUGUCAUAUAUUUUCGAAUAGAUAUUUUGAUUCUAGCUUCUCCAAACCUUUGUGAAGUUUCCCUUCUUAAUGAUAAAUGUAAUUCUGUUUUGAGUUAGAUUGAUCUGUAUCAUGAAAAAUUCAAUCAA